GGCGUGCCCCUUCCCGGAGCGCCGGCCCGUCGGGCGCUGCCAGUGCAGGACGGCUGUCUGGUGGCAUGCCCGCGUGCUCCUCCGCUUCAGGGGCUCUGAACAUCCUCCACAGUUCCCCAGGUUGCCCACCUAGUUCCUUGGGUUCUCCUGCUGUCAUUUCGGAUUUCCCUAACGUCAUUCUACCUUCCAUGUUACUCUGGGUCCCCGAAGUUUCGUUGCUCCCUGUUACUCCGGGCCUCUUCCCAUGGUAUUCCGGGUCUUUUUACUUCGGACCCCCACUAUUACACUGGGACGCUCACUAUGACUAUUAGUCACCAUUGCCCCUUGUCCUGUCACCCUCGAUCUCUUUUCUUGUACUGUGGGUCCUAAGUAUGACUACUGUCCUGUCCCCUCUUCUCUACGGAUGUCUCCAGCUCGGGUGAUAUUGCUUUUAAUGGAGACCUGAGCUUUCUGUGGGGGUGCAAGGACUGCGGUCUGUCGGUACCGCGGAUCCGUGGUUCCCACGGUCUUCGGCAGUACUCCAUAUUUCACCCCUGGUACUCUAUGGUACUCCCUCUUUGCGGAGGCUGAGAAGGCAGCAGGAAGGGCGCUUUGCCAGACUCUCUGCCUGUCCUGCCAGAAGGAGGCCCUUGGUCCUCUACAGCCUUCUCCUCCCCUCUGGACCUUCUCCUUCUCUCUGGACGAGCCUCCAAGCCUGGGGCUGCUUGGAAGGGGCAGUACUACUGGGCAAAUGUGAGGGCCCUGCUCAGGACACCUUGCAGUCCCUGAACCAGAGGCUUCGGGUUCAGGAGGAGGAGAUGGAGCUGGUAAAGGCAGCACUUGCAGAAGCCCUUCGCCUCCUGCGGCUGCAGGGCACCCCCACCUCUCUGCAGGGCUAUGGCACACUAGCUCCUAUGAGGGACAGCAGCCCUGCAGCGCCCCCAGGACUACCACCCACAUGCAGCCUGUCCUUGGUGAGCCGAGGCACCCAGACGGAGACAGAGGUGGAGAUGGAGCCAUCCCCUGAGCCCCCUUGUCUAAGCAAUGGGCCCCCAGCCUCUCAGGGGGGCAGCGAGGAGCCUAGUGGGACCCAGUCUGAAGGAGGCGGCAGCAGCAGCAGUGGGGCUGGCUCCCCUGGCCCCCCUGGGAUUCUCAGGCCUGUGCAGCCCACACAGCGGACUGAAACGCCACGGAGAAAUUCUUCCUCCUCUUCAUCCCCCUCAGAGCGGCCCCGACAGAAACUCUCCAGGAAGGCAGCAUCCUCCGCCAACCUGUUAUUGCGGUCAGGGAGCACAGAGAGCCGCGGAGGGGGCAAAGACCCUCUAUCCAGCCCUGGGGGUCCUGGAUCAAGGAGGAGCAAUUACAAUUUGGAAGGCAUCUCAGUGAAAAUGUUCCUUCGUGGUCGCCCCAUUACCAUGUACAUCCCGUCUGGCAUCCGCAGCCUUGAGGAGCUGCCCAGUGGCCCACCCCCGGAGACCCUCAGCCUGGACUGGGUUUAUGGGUACAGGGGUCGUGACUCCCGCUCUAAUCUGUUUGUGCUGCGCUCUGGGGAGGUGGUCUACUUCAUUGCCUGUGUGGUGGUGCUGUAUCGGCCUGGGGGAGGCCCAGGGGGUCCUGGAGGUGGUGGCCAGAGACAUUACCGGGGACACACAGACUGCGUUCGCUGCCUUGCUGUUCACCCUGAUGGUGUUCGUGUAGCCUCGGGACAGACAGCUGGAGUGGACAAGGAUGGGAAGCCCCUGCAGCCUGUGGUUCACAUCUGGGACUCAGAGACCCUGCUGAAGCUGCAGGAGAUUGGACUGGGAGCCUUCGAGCGUGGUGUUGGGGCUCUGGCCUUUUCAGCAGUGGAUCAGGGUGCUUUUCUUUGUGUGGUGGAUGAUUCCAAUGAGCACAUGCUGUCAGUGUGGGACUGCAGCCGAGGAAUGAAGCUGGCUGAGAUCAAGAGUACAAAUGACUCAGUCCUGGCCGUUGGCUUCAGCCCUCGUGACAGCAGCUGCAUUGUUACCAGUGGGAAAUCUCAUGUCCACUUCUGGAACUGGAGUGGUGGAGCAGGGGUUCCUGGGAAUGGGACCCUCGCCCGGAAACAGGGUGUCUUUGGGAAAUACAAGAAACCCAAGUUUAUCCCUUGCUUUGUGUUCCUUCCUGAUGGAGACAUUCUCACUGGGGACUCAGAGGGGAACAUUCUCACCUGGGGCCGGAGCCUCUCUGAUGCCAGGACCCCAGGCAGGGGUGGGGCCAAAGAGACCUACGGAAUUGUGGCCCAGGCCCAUGCUCACGAAGGUUCCAUCUUCGCCCUGUGUCUCCGUCGGGAUGGGACAGUAUUGAGUGGUGGUGGGCGGGACCGACGGUUGGUACAGUGGGGGCCUGGGUUGGUGGCCCUCCAGGAAGCUGAGAUUCCAGAACACUUUGGGGCUGUGCGGGCCAUUGCUGAAGGGCUUGGUUCUGAGCUGCUAGUGGGAACCACGAAGAAUGCAUUGCUGAGGGGAGAUCUGGCUCAGGGUUUCUCCCCUGUGAUCCAGGGCCACACGGAUGAGCUCUGGGGUCUCUGUACACAUCCUUCCCAGAACCGCUUCCUCACCUGCGGCCAUGACCGGCAGCUCUGCCUAUGGGAUGGGGAGGCCCAUGCACUUGCCUGGAGCAUGGACCUCAAGGAGACAGGUCUCUGUGCUGACUUCCACCCGAGUGGGGCAGUCGUGGCAGUAGGACUGAACACGGGGAGGUGGUUGGUGUUGGACACAGAGACCAGAGAGAUCGUGUCUGAUGUCACUGAUGGCAAUGAACAGCUCUCAGUUGUCCGGUACAGCCCAGAUGGGUUGUACCUAGCCAUCGGUUCCCAUGACAACAUGAUCUACAUCUAUAGUGUUUCCAGUGAUGGUGCCAAGUCCAGCCGCUUUGGCCGCUGUGUGGGUCACUCCAGCUUCAUUACUCACCUGGACUGGUCCAAGGAUGGGAACUUCAUCAUGUCCAAUUCUGGGGACUAUGAAAUUCUUUACUGGGACGUGGCUGGAGGCUGUAAGCUGCUGAGGAAUCGCUAUGAGAGCCGAGACCGGGAAUGGGCUACCUAUACCUGUGUACUGGGCUUUCAUGUCUAUGGCGUGUGGCCGGACGGCUCUGAUGGGACAGACAUAAACUCCCUGUGCCGCUCCCACAACGAGCGCGUGGUGGCGGUGGCCGACGACUUCUGUAAAGUGCACCUCUUCCAGUACCCAUGUGCACGCGCCAAGGCGCCGAGCCGCAUGUAUGGGGGCCACGGGAGCCACGUGACCAGUGUCCGGUUCACCCAUGACGACUCGUACCUCGUCUCGCUAGGCGGCAAGGACGCCAGCAUCUUCCAGUGGAGAGUGCUGGGCGCUGGGGGUGCCGGGCAGUCGCCCGCCACGCCCUCUCGAACCCCCUCCCUCUCUCCCGCCUCCUCCCUCGACGUCUGACCAUUCGUUGCCUUACAGGACCGACUGGCCCUGCGGCAUGGCCCCGCCCUGCCGGAAUAAUCCCCCAGGACCGCGGGUCGACCCUUUCCUGGGCCGACCUUUUCCUCGACUUCGAGACAUUCCCGACCGCGCAUUUCCCUGGAGGGGGCAAAAGGCACCCUUGCACACACUGUAUAGACCCGCUGGCUGAGCCGGGCAGCCCCAGCCCAGGCCCUGACUCCCGCUGCCUGCUGAGGGGCAAUAAACAAAACAAAGUCG